CAGAGAGAGAGAGAGAGAGAGAUAUGCAAGAACCGUAACACCGGUCCGAUGCAGCCGAUUCUUCAUCCCGAAGAAAUUCCAGCUUUGAAGCCUCACAUCACCAAUUGUUGCCUCUGACGUGUUGAUUGUCAAGAAGUGCGCAGCCAUGGAGAACGAUCAAAGCGUAACUACGUCAACCACAACCACUACCGUCAGUACAUCUCCUAGGUCACAGGCGCCACAAAUCUCUGUCUACAGCAGCUCGGACCGACAAGCUGUUCAGGUGAUCCAGCAAGCUCUGCAUCGACAGCCCAGCACUGCAGCGCAGUACUUACAGCAGAUGUACGCAGCACAGCAGCAGCACCUAAUGCUUCAGACGGCAGCAUUGCAGCAGCAGCACCUCAGCAGCACCCAGCUCCAGAGCCUGGCAGCCGUCCAGCAGGCCACCGGACGCCAGUCGUCUUCUCCUACAGGGAGCCAGCAAUCAAGUGUGUCACAGACUUCUAUUAAUCUCUCUCCCUCCUCCGCCGCUCCUCAGCUGAUGAGCCGCAGCCAGAGCGCCAACACCUCGGCCAGUGGGAUUACCCAGCAGGCCAUGUUGCUUGGCAACACCACCCCAACCUUGACAGCGAGCCAGGCCCAGAUGUACCUCCGGGCCCAGAUGCUGAUUUUCACCCCCACUGCUACUGUAGCCACUGUCCAGCCCGAUAUUCCUGUUGCUUCUUCUUCUUCCUCGGUGUCUGCACCCUCUCAGGUUCAGAAUCUAGCAGUUCGGAGCCAGCAGAUGGGUGCAUUGCCCACUGUGUCUCCCCAGAGCGUCCCACUGAAGAGCACCUGCCAGACCCAGCCGCUCCCAAUGAGUCAUCCAAAAACAGCGGGGCAGGGCGCCUCGUCCAAGGCCAGCGUGACCGACUCGGGCUCCGAGAGCUCCAAGAAAGGGGAGAGCGUGACUCCGAGCAGCCCUGAGCUACGUGUCUCUGCGGUCACCCGGCUGCCGAUACCAGCAAGCACACAGCAGCUCAUAGCUCCUGCCCCGUAUACCCCGAUGCAGCCUCACCAGCUGAUCAAGCAGCCACCGUUGACACAGCAGCAGCCCUCCCCGCCCAAGGCACCUCACCGUCUGCCCCCAGCGCUCCAGGUGCAGGCUUCCGAGGCCGACCCCGUUCAGCCAUGCCCACCGCAGGCUCCUGUCCAGCCGCCUCACUGUGUUUCCACCCAGGCGCACAGUCAGCCACUGAGCUCCCACCCCCAGGGCCAGCAGCACACGGUGGUGGUAUCGCCAGCGCUGCCUCGCUCUCCCCCACCCCCUCCUCCUCCCCCCGUCCCAGCCCAGGCUGGCAUCAUCGUGCAGCCUCCUGCCCACCGCUCGCCCGUGGCCCAGAUUGGACCCCUGAGGCAGACCCGGCCCCCCACCCCCCUCCAGCGCCUCCCGCUGCAGCCUGUGCGUGCGCUGGCUGUGGCCCCCGAGAUCGUCUCGCCCACCCAGGUCCUGCCACAGACGGUGCUGCACUGCAGGGAGCAGAUGCCCGCUGCCCAGGCCCUGGUCCAGAUGCCCUUCCAGGCCCUACCUCCACCUCAGACCAUCGCCGUCAACCUACAGGUCCAUGCAUCGCCGCCGGUGGACGUACCCCUGGUGUGCUCGGUAGAAGACACCUGCGACCAGGAGAUGAGGGAGGAGCAGGACGAGUGCUUCGCGGUGCAGAGAGCUUCCUCGCCACCCACCUCCCACUCCGAAUCCUCCAUCUCGGCGGCUGAAGGGGAAGCGCAGACAGCCGAGGACGUUUGCCAAGACUGUCAUGAAACAAAGAAGAAUCGUGGAACUAACCCAUUCAAAAAAAGAACAUCAGAACGAGUGGGGACGCCGGUCAUAACUCCGGCGAGUGCCUCAGUCAUCAGGUCCUCUGCUGACUCUCUGCAGCUGUCCAGCACCACCUGUCCCGCCAGCCCGCCUGCCAAGCUGAAACCCAGCGGAGCCACUCCCACCCCGACUAGCUUGCCGGGAGCCGACAACAAGCCACCCCAGGCGAUCGUCAAACCGCAGAUCCUGACACACGUCAUCGAGGGAUUUGUGAUCCAGGAAGGACUGGAGCCAUUUCCCGUGAGCCGUUCUUCACUGCUGACCGAUCAGCCCGUCAAACAGAAGGUGCCAUGUGAGGAUCCAGCCACGCCCCCUGCCCCUGUGCAGCCGGUUGGCGAGCUCCAGAGUAGCGGUAGAAAAUCGCUGGAAGAGUCCCUCGACAGCGAUGUGGAUGACCUCACUGGCGAAGAGGGGAUGGAGGGCGGCGACCCACAUAUGCUAAAGUGCGAAUUCUGUGGUAAAAUGGAUUAUGCGCACAAGUUCAGAAGAUCAAAGCGAUUCUGCUCCAUGUCCUGUGCCAAAAGGUAUAAUGUAGGCUGCAGCAGGCGGAUGGGGCUUUUUAAGUCUGACAAGAGCUCACGGUGGAGUAGAAAGCCGGAGCCUCAUGUGUUCAGUCGACGGGGGCGGAGAGCCAGCAUCCUUGAAGGAGCAUCAGGAGAUCACUUUAUGAGACAGACACCAGUUGUUUUCCCUCCUGCAGAAGAGGCCUCGGCCACAUCCAACCCACCACUGCCUGAGGAGGCUGUGAGUGUCGCUAUGACGACUCGUCGGCGCCAGAAUGAGCGGGAGCGGGAGAUGCGUGAGCUUAGGAUGAGGGAGGCUUCAGAAUAUGGUGAUGUGCUGCACGCCGACCCGACGACCUGGACUGUCGAUCAUGUGUGGGAGUUCAUACACUCGCUGCCAGGUUGUAAGGACAUUGCGGAAGAAUUCCGAUCGCAGGAGAUUGAUGGGCAGGCUCUGCUCCUGCUGAAGGAGGACCAUCUCAUGAGUGCCAUGAACAUCAAGUUGGGUCCAGCACUGAAGAUCUGUGCGCGCAUCAACAUGCUGAAAGAGUCCUAAUCUUCCCUGUCUCCAGUGUAAAAGCUGCUAAACCCUUUCAUUUUGCUGAUUUCUAAGAGGACACACAUUAAGAUCUGGGCAACGAAUUUGGUACGAUUGUAUACCAUAUAUUCCUGCAAGGACCUUGUUUUGGAUUCCUAGGAUAUUACCUCAGGAUUCCUUGUCUUCACAAACUCAUCAUGACUCUUCAAGGGAAGUUACCCUUGACAGGCCUUUGCCAAAUGCUAAAACCCAGCAAUUCAGUUCUUACCCACGUUUUGCCAAAGCAGCUUUAGUUACCCAGUUGUGAUGUCAUCCCAACCAACAGGACCCUCCUCCUCCAGCCAUUGCUGUUCAUCAGCUUUUUAUUGACUGGAAUCAGAAGGCAUUCUGGUUCAACUUCUUGGUUCGCAACCUCCUGUUGUUUUCCUCCAUUUCAUUUGGUGACAAGUAACAUGGUUGUCCCUUGAGUUGGUGAGCCAUCAUGUCAGUACCACCCUUGGAAGAAGUACAGUUAGAUAACUUGUUCUGUCUUCACUGGGCUCUAAAAAAUCUGUCUGAACACCAAGACCUCCCCAGGCCUGAACCCAGUCCAUACAAAUUACCAAGUCUUUGAGGCUUGCUUCAAAGUUGGUCUGUGCCCAUCCAAGUUCAGGAGGGUAGAUUUUUAGAUCAGGAGGGCAUGCUAGAUUUAUUUAUUCUCAACCAACAGUGGCUCCCACCAAAAUCACCAAAGUGUGUGAGUGUAUGUGUGUAUGCAUGUACAUGCAUGCUUGUGGGUACAUGGGCGCACAUGUUUGUGUGUGCGUUUCGCAUUGUUCUGUUGUAGUUUCAGAGGCACGUGAAAGGGAAACUCCACUCAGACAGGGAGAAGUGGUUUACAUAGAGAUUUCAGACUCCUUCCUUGCUGACUGUGGUGAACUCAUUGACGAUUUGAGCCUAGUAACGAAACAGCCCGCCAGCAUGUGACGCUAGGUCCCACAGUCUGGACUUCCUCCGUUCCUUUUCCUCUUACAAUUUUCGGGUGUUUGGAACCCAACCCUGGCCAACUCUACUGAUGUAUCUUGGCGACAUCCCUUUCAGAGAUGAGGAUGAAUUCCUUUAGCCAAAGAGUAGUGUAUGUAGUGGAAUUCAUUGCUACAGUUGGAUGUGGAGGCCAAGUCAUUGGGUAUAUUUAAAGCUGAGGUUUAUAGUUUCUUGGUUAGUAAGGGUGUCAAAGGUUACAGGAAGAAAGCAGGAGAUUGGGGUUGAGGGGGAUAAUACAUCAGACAUGAGGGAGCAGACUUGAUGGGAUGAAUGGCCUAAUUCUGCUCUUUUGAUCUAGCUGUGGCAUGUCAGGUUGCCUGGCUUAGAGAACAGUAGUGUCCAACAACACAGAAUGGGACGUUAAUCCUCUCGAGGAGUUUCCAAACCCUUUCCCAAGGCUCAGCGUUAUUUUUUCCUAAGUGCCAAAGAUUUUGGUGAUGCUCCUGGGAAGUGUUGGAGAGUGCUGCACUGGUGGAAGGGAUACAGUUCAGGAGGAGACUUCAGGCUUGGCUCUGUCUGCUCUCUGAGUGGGUGUAAAAGAUCCCACAGCCAUUGUUUCAGGCCAAGGUAUCUGCCUGUAUUUAUCCCCAUCUUAACAUUGUUAAAUCUAGGUGGCCAAGUCUUUACUGAUAAUCCAAAAAACAAACUUUAGCUUCUGAAAAUCUAAAAUAAAGCCUAAAAAUGCUGGCAAUACAUGGUGACAAAUGGGAGGUGGCAUGAUAGCAUAGUGGUUAGUGUAACACCAUUACAGCACCAGCGACUUGGGUUCAGUUCUGCCUAUAAGGAUUUGUAUGUUCUCCCUACGACUGCGAGGACUCCCUGUACCUCCAGGUGCUCCAGUUUCCAUAAGACAUUUGGCCCAUCAAGUCUACGCCGCCAUUCCAUCAUGACUGAUUUAUUAUCCCUCUCAACCCCAUUUUCCUGCCUUCUCCCCGUGAUCUUUGAUGCCCUUACUAAUCAAGAACCUAUCAUCUCUGUUUCCUUUCACUUUCCAAAGAUGUACGGGUUAGUGGGUUAAUUGGUCACGUGUGUAAUUGGGUGUUGCAGCUUGUUGGACCGGAAGAGCCUCUUACUGUGCUGUAUCUCGAAACUAAACUGAACUCAGCGGGCCAGGCAGCAUCCAUGGGGAGAGAAACAGGCAACAUUUCAGGUCAAGGACUCUUCAUCUGAAUAUUCGGACCUGGCCCUAAAACUGCAACUGAUAUCCUUUUUGUAGGUGCAGCCUGACCUGGCCAAUUCAUUAUCCGGGGAUGUACUGGGUCCAGGAUAUCUGAAGACUUUCUUCAUUGUAAAUGACCUCACUUUAAAAAGCUAGUCAGUAGGUUACCAUCCUGAAGGGGAGGUGAAAGAAAUGUCUUCUUAUGUCCUGGGGUUCCUAGGGUUCCUAACUAUUUUUCUGCUUCUUCAUCAAAGUCAAAGUCUAGUUCAUUGUCAUAGAUAAGUACAUGUGUGCACAGGUACAAUGAAAAACUUACUUGAAGCAGCAUCACAGGCUCAUUGCAUCAGAAAAACACAAGUUCAGUAUAAUUUUGACAACUGUUACAAGAAAGUAUACUAUUUCAAACAGGAGGUACUUUUUUAAUGCAGAUUGGUCACAGAGGCCAUAAUGCUGUUAAACUGUGUUGAUUAGGGUGGUGCUGGUUGGUUUUAGAACCGAAUGUUUGAAGAGAAGUAGCUGUUAAUAAUUUUAAUAUAUUCUCAAUUCAUUCCAGAAGCCCAUUCCUUCAUCGUUAGAGCUUGAUGUUUUCAAUUAUGUGUAAACUUCAGGUGUUUAACUGUGGAAUGAAAGUUGGACUCAUUUCUAUAAUAGGUUCUCAUUGCGCAGAGCCGGGGUCAGGCAAGUCUGCAAUCCAUGUUAUUUAUUUAAAUAACGACACUGUGCAGAACAGGCCCUACCUGCCCAGUGAGCCGCACGAUCCAGCAACCCAUCUGUUUUAAGACUAGCCUAAUCAUAUGAAAGAAAGGCUUAUCUUAGGAGGAGUGUUUGAUGACUCUGAGCCUGUACACACUGGAAUUCAGAAGAAUGAGGCAGAGGGGUCACAUUGAAACCUAUCGAAAAUUGAAAGACCUCAGUAGACUGGAUGUUUCCUGUGGUGGGGGAGUCUAAGACCAGAGAGCAGAGCCUCAGAAUAGAGGGAUGGAGGUGAGGAGGAAUUUCUUUAGCCAGAGAUUGGUGAAUCUGCGGAAUUUGUUGCCACUGACUGCUGUAGAGGUCAAGUCAUUUAAGGCAGAGGUUGAUCCGUUCUUGAUUAGUCAGGGCAUGAAGAGUUAUAGGGAGAAGGCAGGAGACUGGGGCCUAUCGGGGUCAGCUAUGAUGAAAUGGAGCGGACUCAAGUGGCCAAAUGGCCUCAUUUUGCUCCCGUAUCUUACAGUCUUAAUCACAGGACAAUUUACAAUGACCAAUUAACCUAUUAAUCAGUGCGUCUUUGUAACAUGGGAGGAAACUAGAACACCAGAAGAAACUCACAGGAAGGAUGUACAAAUUUGUUAAAGACGGCGUCGGAAUAGAACUCCAAACUCUGAUGCUCCGAGCUGUAGUAGUGUUGCACUAACUGAUAAGUUCCAUGCUUUCUGCUGCUUUGAUUUAACCAUCACUGCAACAUGCACUUCACCUGAUCAGCAGCGUUUCCUGGAACAUAAAGAGCACGAAGCCCAGUGGGUACACCCAGCAGCUGCUUGUUCUUGGUAGUUUGAGCUGAGAGGGACAGGGAUCAUUUAUCCUUGUUUGAAUAUGCAGUAGCUUCCCUUUGCCUCCCUGUACCAAGGUCUUGGUUCCUAAUCCAAAUGGAAUGGGAGCCAGCUGCACAGUCAAUAAUGCCUUUUUCCCACAGUGGAAAUGUCAUCUAGUAGAAGGCAAAGCUUUAAUGUGAGAAGGAGAAAGCUUAAUGGAGGUUUGCAUGGUAAGAUUUUUUCUUACACGGAGAGUUGUGCCUUGAACAGCCAUUCCAGGGAAGUGGGGAAGCCAUGUUUAAGAAGCAUUUAGACAGGCUCAUGACAGCCAGGAAAUAUAUUGGGGGAGUCUCGAGCCAGAGGGCACAGCCUCAGAACAGAGAUGAGGAGGAAUUUCUUUAGCCAGAGGCUGGUGCAUUUGUAGAAUUCAUUGCCAUAGAUGGCUGUGGAGGUCAAGUCAUUGGGUAUACUUAAAGGCUGAUGGGUUCUUGAUUAGUAAGGGCGCAAAAGGCUGUGGGGAGAAGGCAGGAGAACGGGUUUGAGAGGGAUAAUAAAUCGGCUAUGAUCAGAUGUUGAAGUAGACUUGAUGGGCCAAAUGGCUUAACUGUGCUCCUAUGUUGAAUGCUCUUACGGAGUAGAGGGAUUAUAUAAUAUGUGCAAACAGAUGUGCAGUUCAAAUUGACAUCAUGGUUGCCAUGGAAAUUGAGGUUCAAAGGGCCUGUUCCCGUUCUGUACAUAGGUGUGGUAGCCGAGCAUUUAGCAUAAUGCUUUACAGCGCUAGCGAUCCGGGUUCAAUUCCCCACCACUGUCUGCAAGGUUUUGGCUUGUUCUCCCCAUGACCGCGUAGGUUUCAUCUGGGUGCUCCAGAUUCCUCCCACGUUAUAAAGACAUUGGUAAGUUAUGGGCAUGCUAUGUUGGCGCCAGUAGUGUGGUGACUCGAGAAAGCUGCCCCCUGCACAAUUUUGGAUUGUGUUCAUUGUUGACACAAAUGACACAUUUCACUGUGUGUUUCAAUGUACAUGUGACAAUUGAGAGCUAAUCUUUAACCUUUAUCUGAUCAAGUUGGGUAUAUAUUUUGACAGGACAUGCAAAGGCUGUAUUGUGCUGGUUCUGUCAACUCAGGAUGGUGUGCUCAGUAUCACUGGCUCAUGCCAUCUGUCCUCUAUCAACACUGGGCAUCACAAUCAGUGUGAUUCCCUACAAAUGGUUCAGGAUUGGCUCGAAUGAGUAAUAGGAAAGAUUAGUAGUGAGUUACAAAUGCCAUGGCUGGGUUAGGUUUUAGUUUUAUCCUAGAGCAGAGGUUCUCAACCUAGGGUCCACGGAUCCCACAGUUAAUGGUCGGGGUCCAUGGCAUGAAAAUGUUUGGGAACCCCUGCCUGAGAGAAAAUCGGUUCACUGAACUGAAAACAGAACCUUGAGAAGGAGGAUUAGAGGUGACAUGAUAGAGGUGUUUAUGGUGAUAAGAGGCAUAGAUUGAGUGGAUAACCAGAGACUUUUUCCCAGGGCGGAAAUGGCAAAUAAAGUAAACACAAAAUAAUCUGCAGAUGCUGGGGUCAAAGCAACAAUAACAACA